CCCCCUCCUGUGAGGCGCAAACAUUCAACUUCUUCAACGGCUUUAGGGUUUCGGAGCCGCCGCAAAGAAGUAAGCAACGGCAACUUCUCGUCCUCCUCCUUCUUUUCUCCUGCACAUUCCUUUUGGGCCCUCCGGGGGGUACUAUCUCCACUUUCUUUGUGCCAGCCAAGGGAGAGAAAAAAAAAGACGCGAUCUUGCAGGUAUUCCACCUGGUGCUCGGUGUCGCCCCGACUCCUCACUAGCGACUUUAGCGGCAGUUCAUGAUUCGUCGGACAAUGCGAUGAUAAACGUGAAGAAAUCAGUCUUCUAUUAAGCGGAUAGCCAGGGAUAUCUUCCCCGGGCGUGACAAGUCACUGGUGUACCUUCUGUUUUCUUUGUCUCCGAGCAACCUCCCUUUCUUCUACCCCGCCAAAAAUUCCCCUCGUGCUCACAAGCUCUUCCUCGUCUUCUUGCUCUCGCCUCCCUCCACCGGACGGUGUCCGAUUAAGCUCGUCCCAUGGAUGCCAAGCAAUCCUUCCCCGGGGGCUAUGAGCAGACUCUCCCCGUGCUCACUCGGUCUCCAGUUUCCGCUCCCUCGACAUGGCCCGAAGCUGAUCCGAACCUUCACACGGACCCCUAUACAACAUCGAUGCCGUCGCAUCCUUUAACUACGAGUACACCGCCAUCCCAGACCACAGCGCUGGCUUCGGCACCUAAUGCGACAAUCCAGCCGCCGGCUCAGGCGACUACCACGGCUGCUACCACCACCACCACGGAGCGCAAUGCCCCUUCCAAGGUCCGCAAGCCCCGUAAGGCGGCCAAUGCCUCGGCGGGAAAGUCCACGCUGUUCUGGGUCCAUACCGACCCGGAUUCCGCCGCCUCGGGAACAAAGGAAGAAACCCUGAAGCGCAUUCGGUCCCAUGUCAUGUCAGAACAUAAUCGCAAAAAGCGAUUGGAGAACACUAAAAAAUAUAAAGGCAAAUCCUGGAAGCACCUGGCCUUUCAGCCACCAGAGACGAUCUCGGGGCCUAUGGGUCCGCCCCAACCCCCGGCAUCUACGCCCUCAUCUUCAUCUAGCAGCAGUCGCUGGGGCUCACAUGUUAGCGAGUCGCCGCCAUCGAAGCACGAAUUAGUGCCCACUACGACCGCCGUGGAUUACUAUCCGCCCGUGACUGCCGACACGGCAACUUGGGUCGGGCAAACCUGGAGCGAUGAUUCAUGGGAUGACAGUAGCUAUGAUGGUGUCGUAGGAUUCCCUACGGAAUCACCACGCUAUUCUCCAUGGUCGUAUGUGGGAUCGGGAGCACACGAUCCGUUCAAUACGGGUCAUACACAGCUCACGGAUCGUAUGAUGCGCCAUUUACAGAAUUUCCUGUGGGAUUUGACCCAAGAAGCGCAUCCAUUGCAGACGCGGUACAAACCAAAGUUACAGGCCCAUUGGGCCGCUCUUAUUCAGCGAGACCCGGCCAUCCUCCAUGCGGCAAUUUGUAUGUCUACUUCAAACGCGGCCAUGCAAAGGGGUGAGCUACCGAUUCGAGACCCGAAUCAGCAUCGCAGUGCCCUGGUGGUUGAUACAUUCCACCAUCGAGGCGAGACGAUUCGAUUGGUGAAUGAGGGGCUAUCGGAUCCGGUGAAGUGUUCUAGUGAUGAAUUGAUCGCUGCGGUUUCUACAUUAUUAACCAUUGAGAUCGCAUCGGGUAACCCCGACUAUCUAAAGAUCCAUCUGGCAGGCUUGCGUCAAAUGAUUGGAAUGCGCAAGAAUUUUGCCGACGUGCUUCCGGACGUCCGGUUCCAAAUUAAUUGGACGGAUAUCCGAGUCGCCUGCAUGGCCCUCACCAAACCCAUCUUCCCCUUCGUCCGCUCCACCCGUCCUCCACGCUUGACGCUCCUCCCGCCCAAUGACGACGUUGCCCUCUGCGCAACCCGUCUUCUCCCCCUCAUGAAAAUCCCAGGUAUCUUCAGCGAAAGCUUCUCUAAAAUCAUCUACGACCUACUCGAGCUCUCCUGGUACGCCGAAUGGAUCAAAGGGAGCAGCGGCUACAAGGAAUUCGACGAAGAGACCGAAGACUACUUCAACUUUGAAGUCCUCUACGUCGAGUAUUCUCUCCACGCAGACCGAUACACGCCCACCGGCCAAAUCAAAGGCGACAACUCAAUCGAAGGUUGUACACGCCUGGCCUGUCUUUGCUACCACAACAGCGCCAUCUGGAGCUUCUACCCCAUGCUUGCGCCCCUGCUGCCAAAGCCCCUUCUAGCACUGCGGGCCGCGCUAGAAGCAACCAUUCCCUCGGGCCUGUUUGCGCUGUGCCGCGAUCUCUUGAUAUGGGUGCUAUUCAUCGGCGCAGCUUGUAGCCAGGUGAUGCCGUCGGAACGCACGUAUUUCGUCACGGAAUUGGCAGCUGCCGCGAGAAUGCAUGGCGUGACCUCCUGGCAGGAGUGUAGGUCUAUCCUGCUCGGCUUCUUCCAUGCUGACCGGGUCCACCUGGUCACACUGAGGCAGGUGUGGCAGGAAGUUGAGGCACGGAUGGGAUCCGCUGGUGUGUGAGUGUGUUCAUACUCGCUCUUAUAUAAACUAUACAUUCAAAAUAAUGUAAUUGGUACGUGCUUCUGUGAAUGUGAUGGUAGACGUUGGUAUAUACAAUGCGUCUGGGAAAACCUCAAUGAAUGAUGACCACUAUAUCAGUUCCCCAUGCGUAACCCCCAGUUAAGACUAUGAUCUUGAUACACCUACCUCCUCCGCCUCCUAUUUCAACAAGUAUUCUCGAGCGAAGCAUGAACUUGGGAUGCUCACACUCUUUCGGCCUUGCCCAAAAACCACCGCAAUAAAUCAAGGAUGGUAUUAACGACACGACAGAAAAGUUCAUGGCACGACAAGGCUAGUCCAAAUGAGGAAUGCGCCCCCUUCAAAACAGAAUGCUACAUU